GAGAGGAUAAAAAGGUCAGUGACUGGGAAUCGGAGUUCCUGGCAUUUCUAGGAGAGGAUAUAAAGAUCAGUGACUGGGAAUCAGAGUUCCUGGUAUUUCUAGGAGAGGAUAUAAAGGUCAGUGACUGGGAAUCGGUGCUCCUGGUAUUUCUAGGAGAGGAUAUAAAAGGUCAGAGACUGGGAAUCGGAGUUCCUGGUAUUUCUAGGAGAGGAUAUAAAG